ACACGCUCAUGGCAUUCAUGCUGUUCACACGCUCAUGGCAUUCAUGCUGUUCACACGCUCAUGGCAUUCAUGCUGUUCACACGCUCAGGGCUUUCCAUACUGUACAGGCACUCACGGCAUUUACACUGUCCAUACGCUCACAGCAGUCAUACGGUUCACACGCUCAUGGCUUUCUUUUCACUCAUGGCUUGUAUAGUGUCCAUAGGCUCGUGGCGUUAUACUGUUCAUACGCUCGCAGCAUUUCACACGAUUCACACGCUCAAUUGCUUAUACCGUCCUCACGUUUAUGGCAUUUAUACUGUGUAUACGCUCUUGGCUUACUGUACACACAAUCAUAACAUUUCGUGCUCUUGACAUUCAAACUAUCAAGUCUCUUAUACCGCAUGCAUCCAUACUGUUCUACCGGACAUCCAUACUGUUAUGUUCAGGGCUUCUACACUGUUUCAUGCUGUUCAUACAUGGCAUUCACACCGUUCUUACAUUCAUGACAUUCCAUGUACAUGCUGUGGAACACCCACUGGGCGGGCGCGCGCACAUAGUAUUCCUGCUGUUCUACGCUUAUGCCACUGCUAUUGCUCGCUCCGUUAUGGCAUUCAUGCUGUGCGUAUGCUCAAGAUUUUUUACAGUCUGUAUGUCAUGGCUAUACGUUGUUAGGUGCUCAUGGUAUUCAUUCACUCAAGGAACAUACUGUCGAUAUGAUGGUGGCAUUCAUACUGGUCGUGAGACAUAGUAGUUAUACUGUCGUUACGCUCGUGCCAGUUAUACUCUGCAUAGGCCUAUGGCAUUCAUUCUCCUCAUACGUCCCUGGCAUUCAUACCGAUUGCAUGCUUAUAGUGUUCAUACUGUUCGGGUUUCACACGCUCGGGGCUUCAGACGGUUCACACACAGUUUAUACUGGUUCAUAUGUUGUGGCGUUACGGUCUUCACGCUCAUGGCAUUCAUACUGUCCAUUGCCCAUGGUAUUAUACUGUGGUACGUUCAUAGCUUUCACACUGCCAUUCGCUCGUGGCAUUUGUACUGGGAAUUUGUUGACUUUAUACCAUUCCCGCGCUCAUAGCAUGUACACUGUUCACACGUUCUUGGCAUCACACGGCUCACACGCUCUUUUGUUCACACGUUCAUUGUAUUAUAUGGCACAUGCAUCCUUGGCGUUGGUGCUACGCACGCGCUCCUGGCUUUGUGUUUCAUGCCCAUGGCAGUGGUGCUGCAUGUGUGCUCGUGGCGUCGGUGCUGUUCGGGUGCUCACACGCUCAUAGUAGUACUAUGCACAGUGAUCGGCAUCUAUGCUCUGUAUACUUUCACAUAAUCAUUAGGUAAAUGUGCUCGUUGAAUACGGCUCAUACACUCAUAGUCAUACCUUGCACACGCCACAGCACUUACACGGUACACACGGUCAUAGCUUAUACGGUACUUCACGCAUCUCGGUACACAUGUCCAUAGCGUUACAUGGUACAUACCCUCAUAGCAUGCUGUGUUAUACAUUUGUAGUAUUCACGUUAUGUAACCACACAGCAUUCUCUCAGGGCAUACAUACUUAGAUAUAAUACAAUAAUGUAAGUUCGAUUGCAGCAUGAUACACAGGUCAUUAGCUUGCAUCAGUUCGGUUCGGUUACACACAGAUGACGAUGCUAGAAUUUACAGGCAUACUCCUGACUGUUCCGUCACAUCGUUACAUUUAACAAUACACUCUCACUACUAUAGCCGUCACCCUGCGCGGGUGUUAGACGUUGUAAGCACGCACGUGUCUUCCACACAUCUGUUAGUUCACCGCAAGUUCCGAAUACAACCACUUUCUAAUGGUGUGAUGUACGCCACCAAGACAGUCUCACUCAUUGCCACCACACAGUUAGUAUCACGGGUAUACGCCACCACGCGGUUAUACUGGUUUUCCGUAGCUGAUAGGUCAUACAGGUUACUGGAGUAGUUGCUCCCUGGUAGUCACCAAGUAAGUAUCACGAUUACAUGUUAGCACUACACGCUGGCAUCUGAUAGUCAGCCUCUUCAAUAAGUUGUCGCAGACACGUCUCAAGCAAUAACAUCAUGACACAUAAGCGGUUUCUCAACAUACGAAACACCUUCUGAGCAACAUCAUCUCGACAGACAGGUGAUUGUUACCAAUUAUGCCUGCCACGUCCGCAGGGUUCGGUAUCACACAGUUAGUUGCUACUGACACGUCUUCAGAGCAAGAACUAUACGACACAGGUGGUUGGUUUACCUGUUAUGCCUGCUACGUCUGCAGGGGUCGUUAUGACAUAAAUAAUUGCUACUCACACAUAUUCAGAGCAAUAACUAUACGACACAUAGGUGGUGGUUUACCCGCUAUGCCUUCCACGUCUGCAGGGGGAGGCACUACACAAGUUAUUGUUACUGACACAUCUCAGAGCAAUACUAUUUCGACACGUAGGUGGUUGUUUACCCGUUAUGCCUGCCACAUCUGCAGGGGGAGGCACCAUUCAGGUUAUUGUUACUGACUCCUCUUCAGAGCAAUAACAUUACGACACAAAGGUGGUUGCUUACCCUUUAUGCCUGCCACGUCUGCAGGGGGAGGCACCACGCAGGUUAUUGCUACUGACACAUCUUCAGAGCAAUAACUAUACGACACAUAGCUGGUGGUUUACCCGCUAUGCCUGCCACGUCUGCAGGGGGAGGCACUACACAAGUUAUUGUUACUGACACAUCUUCAGAGCAAUAAUGUUUCGACACAUAGGUGGUUGUUUACCCGUUAUGCCUGCCACGUCUGCAGGGGGAGGCACCAUGCAGGUUAUUGUUACUGACUCAUCUUCAGAGCAAUAACAUCUCGAGUCAUAGGCUGUUGUAUACCCGAUAUACCUGCCACGUCUGCAGAGGGAUGCACCAUGUAAUCGUUGCUACAGACACGUCUUCAGAGCAACAUCAUCACGCUUCACAGGCUGUUGUAUACCCGUUCUACCUGCCACGUCUGCAGGGGAGGGCACUGCGCAAUUGUUAUUACGAACAUGUCUUCCAAGCAACUACAUCACGACACGUAGGUGCUUGUGUACGCUUCAUACCUGCCACGCCUGCAGGAGCAUACACUGUGAAGGUAUUGUCACGGACACGUUGUUUUCACAGAAAUAAUUUCAUGACACACAGGUGGUUGCAAAGAACGGAAAUAUAAUAAAUCAGAUGAAAUUAAAAAGCCUCAGGUCCAUAGUCCCAAUGGUUGCGCAGGAUCUGACACAUCCAUAGUCACGAUGGUACGCGGGAUCUGUUAAGUCCGCAGGCAUGAUGGUUCACGUAUAGAACCCUAGCGUCCAUGGGCAUGUAGGUUGCACGGGGACUGGUCAUGUCUACGGGCAUGUUGGCCAUGUAAGGGUCGGUAAAUCGCAGCGGGGCGUCACUCCCAAGAUCACUGAGUAGGCAGCUUAUCAGUUGAAGGUGUGGUUUAGUCAGGCAAGUUGCCUAUUCGAGGGUAGUUGACUACAAGAGAUAUGGCUCCACAAGGUUAUCAUCCCCAGGUCAGUCAGGUAGCAUGCUGUGUCAUUUUCUAACAGUUUAUUUUUGCCCCCUUUUAUUCCUACCAGGUUCAUUUUUGCCCACUAAAGGCGUGCCCUCCGUCGCGGUCAUUGGGCACAAAUCUGACCGUUAGGUUUAGUGUAAUGUUUCCAUAAAGCUGUUCCAGUUGUCUGCUCUUCUCCUGAAUGAUCCCCAAGUAUGGACAAGGACAGGAAUGAGAUGAGUAAGAGUAUAUUACACCUUACCUUGGAGAUCCUCCACCUGCUGACCGGAGAGGAUUACACCAUAGUGAAGAAGACAUGGGGGGAGUGUGUGGCCCCCAGCAGCCAUCUCCAUGAGUCAGAAGGAUGGAGCAGGGCCCGGGGCCCCAUCACGGAGCCUUCACCUCACUCACUGAUAGAUGAGGAGAAGAUCUUAGAACUCACCCACAGGAUCACUGAGCUGCUGACUGGAGAGGUUCCUAUAAGGUGUCAGGAUGUGGCGGUCUAUUUCUCCAUGGAGGAGUGGGAGUAUGUAGAAGGACACAAGGAUCUGUACCAGGACAUAGUCAUGAUGGAGGAUCACCGGCCCCUCACAUCACAAGAUGGAGUCAUUGAUAGAAAUUCACCCGAGAGGUGUCCCCGCCCUCUGUAUUCCCAGGACUGUCCAGAGGGAAAUGUCACAGAGAAGAAUCAGGGGGGAGAUCUGACUAUUAUUAAAGUGGAGGAUGAAGAAGAGAGGAUGAGGAGCCAUCACCCUGUGAGGGAAGUGAAGGUGGAAAUGCCAGGAGGUGUUACCCCAGGAAAUCCCAGUAAGAAUUCUGAGGUAAACGUCAUGUUAUUUGUGAGUGAUAAAGAAGAAGAUGGAGAGAUCAUGGAGCGCUACUCGGGAGAAGAUGGAGAGAUCAUGGAGCGCUACUCUGGAGAAGAUGGAGAGAUCAUGGAGCGCUACUCUGGAGAAGAUGGAGAGAUCAUGGAGCGCUUCUCUGGAGAAGAUGGAGAGAUCAUGGAGCGCUCCUCAAUAGAAGACCUCCUUACCCCUAAUGUCCAUCCAGAUCUAUCCUAUAAUAAUCCCCCUGAUCAUGGGGAACCUUCUCCUCACCACUCACACAUUGCAACCACAAGUAGAGGGCAGAAAUGGGUAAAAAUUAUUCAACAUGAUGAACAUGGAAAAAAAUUGUCAAAAAUAUUACAUCUUACACACACAGGAAAUGACAUAGGAGAGAAGCCGUAUUCAUGUUCAGAAUGUGGGAAAUGCUUUAUAUAUAAAUCAUAUCUUGUUAGACAUGAGAGAAGCCACACAGGAGAAAAGCCGUAUUCAUGUUCAGAAUGUGGGAAAUGCUUUCCACAUAAAUCUAAUCUUGUUAAACAUGAAAGAAUUCACACAGGAGAGAAACCAUAUUCGUGUUCAGAAUGUGGAAAAUGCUUCAUUAAUAAAUCACAGCUUGUUAUACAUGAAAGUAGUCACACGGGAGUGAAGCUUUAUUCAUGUUCAGAAUGUGGGAAAUGUUUUAAGUAUAAAUCAUGUCUUGUUACACAUGAGAGAAGUCAUACAGGAGAGAAGCCAUAUUCAUGUUUAGACUGUGGGAAAUGUUUCUCAGAUAAACCAAGUCUUGUUAGACAUGAAAGAAUUCAUAAAGGAGAGAAGCCAUAUUCAUGUUCCGAAUGUGGCAAAUGCUUUACACAAAAAUCUAAUCUUGUGUUACAUGAAAGAAUUCACACAGGAGAGAAGCCAUACCUAUGUCCAGAAUGUGGCAAAUGCUUUAUAAAUAAAUCACAUCUUGUUAUACAUUUAAGAAUUCAUGCAGGAGAGAAGCCAUAUUCAUGUUUAGAAUGUGGGAAAUGUUUUACAGAUAAACCAAGUCUUGUUAGACAUGAGAGAAGUCACACAGGAGAAAAACCCUAUUCAUGUCCAGAAUGUGGAAAAUGUUUUGUAAAUAAAUCACAACUUGUUAAACAUGAGAGAAUUCACACUGGAGAGAAACCAUAUACAUGUUCAGAAUGUGGGAAAUGUUUUAUAGAUAAACAAAGUCUUGUUAGACAUGAGAGAAUCCACACAGGAGUGAAGCCAUAUUCGUGUUCAGAAUGUGACAAAUGCUUUACAAAUAAAUCGCAGCUUCUUACACAUAAUAGGAUUCACACAGGAGAGAAGCCAUAUUCAUGUUCAGAAUGUGGGAAAUGUUUCAUUACUAAGGUCAAACUAAGGAAUCACGAGAGAAGUCAUACAGGGGAAAAGCCACUUUGAUGUUCAAUAUACUGAGAUUGUUUUGCAAGAAAGUCAGGUAACUCUUUAGAGAAUUCACAUAAAGAAACACUGGCCCACAAGGACUAUACCUGCAUUUUGGCAUCAUAUGUGCUGAAAUAAUGGUGCAGUAAAUUAAAUAGUGACCCUUAUUAUCAUGAGCAUGCCGGAAAGCCACAAGCGACACUUUUUAUUUUCACACAAGGGACGAGGCAAUGAUCUGUCGGUGUUUGAGUCAGAUUUAAUGAUAACCCUUAAACCCUCAGAUAUUGGCUAAACCUGUUGAUGUACAUGAAAUUGUCCUAUGUUGCCAGUCAUGUGACCUACUUAAUGUUACAGAUAAACUUUGACUACAGAGCAACCACUGGGCAUGUAUUUUAAAUUUGUUGGCAAUAAAGAUGUAUGAAUGUUUUUUCUAA